AGACACUCGUCUUUCCUACAUUCCCUGAACGCAUCUCUGGUUGGAUACAACAAUGGCUUCUCCCUGUCAGAUCUGGAGACCGGACCGAGGACGCUGCUUUAAAACCUACGGGAUCAUCUUCGUUUUGUUUACGGAUCUGAUGUUACAAUGUGUUAACGGGUAUCUGAGCUCUCCUCAUGUUGGUCAGGAGCCUCCAUACCCCAGAGAGGCCCAGCAUGGACCUGUCAUCACCAGCCCAGUGGUGCCUGCUGCAGUCUCUGUUUCUCCUGCAGAUGAGGAGAGCUACACCUCCAGGUGUCCCAGCGGGGGUUUGUGUCAGCGCCUGCCAGCGGAUUGCAUGCACUGCAACUUCCAACACAACUGCACCUACGCAAAAGCUGCUUCCUUCACUUGCAAACCCAGAAAAGGAGUUCACUGUAUAGGGGAGUCGGGUCAGCAGCAGACCAACUUCUCUCUCUCCAUCAGCUGUCAGUUCUGCUGGCAGCUGGACCCGUCCCAGUACCGCUGCUCCAACUCCACCAGCUGUAUGACCGUGUCCUGCCCGCGCAAACGCUACAACGCCACCUGCGAAGUGCUGGACCACGUGCACUGUUUAGGUAAAAGACGUUUUCAGAAGCGUCUAUAUUGUAACUGGACCGGCGGGUACAAAUGGUCAACGGCAUUAGCACUCAGCAUUACGCUCGGUGGUUUUGGGGCUGAUCGCUUCUAUCUGGGUCAGUGGAGAGAGGGGCUGGGAAAGCUGUUCAGCUUCGGCGGCCUGGGCAUCUGGACUCUGAUAGAUGUGCUUCUGAUCGGCGUCGGAUACGUGGGGCCCGCUGACGGCUCUCUUUACAUCUGAAGCUUUGGAGGAAACGUCCGGACGCUCUUUGCCCUCUUCACUCCCUGAAGAUUGAAGAUCUGUGUUCUUGGCACGUUCGCCUGCACAAGCUCGUUGCACAACACGUCCUCAUCCCAUCUGCUAACCGGCAGGAAGUGUUUUCUUCCUCACACCAGCCACGACUCCACCCACACAGAGCAUCAGAUCCGUCUCCAUCACUCUCCUGUCGAGCGCUCUGCAGAUGGAUCUGUGCGCGGUGACGAGGAGCCGGUCAUUAUCAGAAGUCUGUCUGCUCGGUUCGACUUCACUGCUGAUUUAUAGAUAGGUUUGGUUUCCUGUGGAGUACAAACACAUACACACACGCAGAGCAGUGUUACUACCCCCUUAUUGUAAAGGUAAAUGUGUCAAUGGGGGGUCAAGUGGUAACCAUGGCUGCAGAGCUUUUAAUGGGGACUCCAGAAACAAAAGGCGACUGAAGGCUGGUAUUUAUGUGCGGAGGGAAAGCAUGAUCACACAGAAGGGAAUUUUUUUUAUUGACGACAGACAGUUGGCCUUGUGGAUGUGUUCAACGGUUAUUAGGUUGUAUAUUUCCCCCUACACUGAGUAAAGACACAACUGUAAGAGAAUUAUUUAUCUUAAAGGGACAGUGCAGAUUUCUUCUGUGGGGUUGUAUGAGGUACCAAAUCAGUAGAUGACAGGAGUAGAAGAACACCUAAAAUGAUCACUAUCCAAUAAAUGUAUGCUAUGUUUUAAAUAUUUUCACUUCUCUACUUCACCACGAGACAGCUCUUUACUGACAGGAGCUGAAUCUUUUAUCUAGUCACUUCAAAACCACCAAUUUCAGCACUUUGUGUCCAACACACAAAUGGCUAAGAGUGUUCAAAAACGUUCCACCCACUCGAUAAAUGAAGUGGCUGGUGAGUGCAGCGAGUCUGCUGGUGCUAAUUUUAAGCACUUGUUAUGUCACUUUGGUGUUUUAAAGGGUUAGUUUAGAUACACAGAAGUCACACAAAAACAAAAACAAAUCCCAGGCUGCAGUAAAGUAGAAAAUACUGUCUGAUCUACGAGCGGAAAUUACUCAUUUUCUCAAUAGACUGGUGUCUCUCGGGGAAAAAAGUGUCAGUUCCCGAUAGAAAAAAGUCUGACCGCGAAAUCAAGCGGUAAAAGAUUAGAGAAUUUAUACUGAUCAUUAUUUAUUCCAGUGAGUCUUUAGUAGGUUUGUUUUGAAGGUUAUACUUGUGGGUAAGUACCUCACUAAUCACAAAAUCUGAACUAUCCCUUUAAGGAUUACGUUAAAUGACACCCUGGCUUAAAUUCAAAGUUCAUAUGUUGUUAACUUUAUAAAAUAACAGUUACGUUAUCUUCAAACUGGAACUGGUAGAGACCUGAGAGAGGUGCAAUUCCACUUCCUGUCAUCACUUACUGCUGCAUCAUUUUCAGGAAAUGCAGAGAUAACAAUCUCCAUGUUGACUAAUAUUGAAACAGAUGCACCAGCACGCAUGUGUGGUUUCCCGUGUUGGAGAUAACCUGUGCAUUCGGCUGGCAUUUCUUCCCUGGCUCAUUAUCGUUCUUCACAUUGCAGAAGCAGCUCUGUGUCCUCUGUUCUAAUGAGCCUGUGUGGAGCUAAUGGGCUCACCUCUCACUCCAUGUAAAUAUGUCUCUUCUGUUCCUCAGUGUCAGGUCAUUCUCAUCUGUUUUCAAACACUGUAAAUGUCAUUUUUUAAAGUUCUGUAAAUAAAAUUGUGAAAUAUUAAAGUG